AUGCAGCAGAGAGUUGGGCCAGGCCUAGGAGAAGAGGACAGUGUGACUUUAUAUACUAUGGAGGAAGGAAAAGAAACAGUAGCAUGUUGCUCGAGUCCUGUGACUGAAGAAAACCUGAAUAUUUGUCCGAGCAAUGUUUCAGAUUUUACUCUCCUGACUGAUGAAAAGUUUGACUUUGACCUUUCACUGUCUCCUGCAAGUGGAAAUGAAGAUGAAGUUUUUGUUGGACCCCUGGGACACAAAGAAAAAUGUAUUGCUGUCAGCAUUGAAGCAACAAAAAGUACUGAAGAAAAGGCUGCGUCUCCUGGUGGUAAACUUGUGUGGAGUCCACUUGCAGGAGAGAAAUUUGUUGAAAUUUUCAAAGAAGCUAAUUUGAUUGCGCUGCAGAUAGAGACUGGAAAUAAGAAUGAACAGAACCAAACUACCCAGUCAGAAGAACAAGAAAACAAGGUUAUAGAAAAAUUCGUGGAAGACUCAAUGUCAAAACUGAAAAUAUUGAGAAAUAAAAAUAUGGAAAGAAGUCCCAGGGCUAUUAAAAGGGAGACAUACUGUGUGUGGGAGAGUCCAGUCUGUCAGUUGCCACCUUCUUUUCAGAAACAAUCAGAUAAACUUUUAUCAGCUGAUAAAACACAUGUCCUUUAUACUCCUCCCAACAGAAGCCCUGUUAAAGCUCAUAUAUCUCCUAAAAUUGCUGGCUCACCAUUGGCUCAAGACCAGAAAGCUAAGGAAAGAAGUAAAAAGACAGCUGGCAAACUGCAAACGUCCAAGUCUUCAUCUGCUCUUGGAAAAAACGUUUUUUUGACUGUAGAAAAGCCUAAAYCAGGAAAACACAGUAGCAUUUCUACAAAGAGAGACUUGAACAGCAUGGGAUCAUACGAGGAUCUUGUUUCUGAUAAAUCAAGCACUGCUUCAGAUGUCUUGGAGUCUUCAUUCAGUGUCAGUUCCUCAAAACAAGACAAAAAAGCCCUUCCUGCACCAACUAAGUUUGGCUUAAAGAAGAUGACAACACAUCUGAAACUCCCUGGUGYUGCAACUAGUGGUCUCACAAGACAGACUACUUCAUCUUCCUCAUCCACUUCCAGCAUGAACUCAAGCCUGAACUCAAGUUUAUCCAUUUCUCCUAUACACAAAAAUGGUAAAUCAAGUGCGUCUUCAAAAGCUGGUGCGAGUGGCUCUCAACUCCCAUCUAACACAAGUAGAUUGGCCCUGCUUAGGCCCACGAGAGUCUCAUCUCUGCAGCCUGCCAACACUGAGAGGUCUGGCAAGCAAGCAAGAUUCGCGAGCACUCCGAAAACUUCUAGUGCUGCAAGUUUAGCCAAAUCUGCAGCUUCUACAACAUCAUCUGAGGCUCUACGCAGUGGAAUUCAGAGGCUUAGUUCUCUUCCUAAUCUACAGAGGCUGAGUCAGCAGAAUAAAGAUGGAAGUGUAACGAAAGGAAGCUUAUGCCCAAAGCUCAAGGCCAGAGUUUUGUCUGUUCCUGCAAGUCAGAUGAAGGUCCCAGUGAAGGGUGGAGAUACAGCACCAGGCAAACCAGCACCAAAAGCAGCACCAUCUCUCGGAUUAACUUUUUGUAGCACGUUUGGAAGUGCCAUGGCAGUGAGCACUCCCGUGAAACACUGGGAAGACGGAGCCUCCCAGAGCUCUUGCUUCCGUGAGCGCUCGGUUUCGAUGACUCCCGUGAGUGUGAAGCGGCCGGCGCUGCCGACGCCCAUCCGCCGCGUCUCGGCCUUUCCCGCAGUGACUCCUAGCAGUGCACCGAGAGUGGCAGCUUCGCCACAGCCUGCACCUGGGGCUCGCCAAACCUUCAGCCUCUCUGCCAGGAAGAGUCUAACAGCUGGCUCUAAGCAGACAAAAGAGACUAAAACACAGGUAUCUUCAGAAGAUGAUAYAUCUCCUCCACCUGUGCUACCUCUUACACUUGACUUUUCACCGGAAAAGACUGCAGAAAUAGUGGGAAGUGAAUUACGAGAGACUGGAGUACAAAAUCAGCUGUCUGAGAUACAGACUAAYGAUAUCUUACUAGUAGAUUUUGGAAUAGAUAAAUCUCUCCCUCAGACUUUGGAAUGUGAAAGCAGACCUCUGAUUGAUCUUUCCAAUACUCCUGAAGUGAAUAAGACUAUUACUCUAAAGCCUGCCAUCUCAGCACAGGUAAAGCUGAUUGAUUUGAGUUCUCCCCUCAUCACUCUGAGUCCUGACUUGAACAAAGAAAACCUGGAUUCCCCUCUGCUGAAGUUCUGAAUAUGAAUCAAAAUGAAGAAUUCCUGGCCUCUGUGAUCUUUGUUAUCCUUGACUCAGUGUGUUGUGAAGAUAGCUAUGGAGGACCUGAACUGUACAUCAGACUUGGUUUARCUGUAUCAAGACUGA